AUGUCUCAGCUGAUGCCCCCACCCCCUGGCGUCUCGAGGCUGCCCACCCUGAGUGCCGGCACCCUCACCUGUCUGCACCCCCCACCAGCCUGGCGCCCAGUAGGGCUGGAGCUCUGUCCUGCUGCAGGCAAGCGCCACAGCCAUCAGGGGUUGGGUGGGGGUCCUGUGGGCCCCCUGGUGUGGUCACCACGUGACAGUGCCCCUCCGUGCCUCCUCAUCCCAGGUGCCAACUUUGAGUACAUCAUCACAGAGAAGAAGGGGCAGAGUAGCAACGUGGGGCUGAUCCGGCUGAACCGCCCUAAGGCACUCAAUGCGCUGUGCAGUGGCCUCAUGGCAGAGCUGAACCAGGCGCUGGAGGCCUUCGAGGGAGACCCGGCCAUGGGGGCCAUUGUCCUCACCGGCGGGGAGAAAGCCUUUGCAGCGGGAGCUGACAUCAAAGAGAUGCAGAACCAGACGUUCCAGAACUGCUACUCCGGCAGGUUCUUGAGCCACUGGGACCGUGUGGCCCACGUCAAGAAGCCGGUGAUUGCCGCCGUCAAUGGCUAUGCGCUGGGCGGGGGCUGCGAGCUGGCCAUGAUGUGCGACAUCAUCUAUGCAGGGGAGAAGGCACAGUUUGGGCAGCCCGAGAUCCUCAUAGGAACCAUCCCAGGCGCCGGGGGCACACAGAGGCUCACGAGGGCCGUCGGGAAGUCACUGGCGAUGGAGAUGAUCCUCACCGGCGACCGAAUCUCCGCCCAGGAGGCCAAGCAGGCAGGUCUCGUAAGCAAGGUCUUUCCUGUUGAGACCCUGGUCGAAGAAGCCAUCAAGUGUGCAGAAAAAAUUGCCAACAAUUCUAAAAUUGUGGUAGCAAUGGCCAAAGAAUCUGUGAAUGCAGCUUUUGAAAUGACAUUAACAGAAGGAAAUAAGUUGGAGAAGAAACUCUUUUAUUCAACUUUUGCCACUGAUGACCAGAAAGAAGGGAUGACUGCGUUCGUGGAGAAGAGAAAGGCCAGCUUCAAAGACCAGUAGGAGCUAGCUGACUCACCUUACGCCCUUUAUCUGAGGACGAAAAAUACGUCCGUCAGUUUGAAAAGCAAAGAAAUCGUAUUCUUUUAAAAGUUGCUAUUAAGUGAUAGACAAUUUCUUUCUGACUGCGUGCCACGGACUAUGCGACCACAUGGGGCCACCAGGCUGUGAGGUCAUGGCUCUGGCUCCUCCCAGGCACAGGGUCUGUCCUCUCCCAGCAGCCAUGACAACUGCUUCUGCAGCUUGCUUGCUCUGACAGACUGUAUGCUUCUAAGUCAGAUUCCACUCAUGGGUGGCUUCAUUGUGAUUAAACGUUUGUGCUUGAUUUCAGGAACUGAGAGACAUUUUGGUAUGUAAA